GAAUCUGCGUUACUGGGUUCCUGUAAAUUUCUGUGGUUUCCAUCAUUUUCAGUUAAUAUUAAUUAGUUCCCUAAAAAGACUAUAUUACAAUCCAAUGCACUUGUAAUUUAUGAAAAUGGAUCAUGAAUCUGGACAUCUUAAAGUGCCUUUUUCAUUGUUAUCACCUGUAUAUUUGGAAGGAAAGAAUUUAGUGAAAAACAAACUUUUAGAUGAACCUUUCACUAAAACUUCAUCAGCUUCCAAUACACUUUCUUCGCUCUCAUUAAAUAACAAAUCAUUAAAAUCAUCCAUCAGUCUAUCAUACACUGGUUCAGUCCUACAUUGUGAUCACGAAGUAACAGUCAGACCUAAUGAUAAGCAUCAUGUGGAGAAAAGAACAAGUGUUCCAAGUUCACUUAAAUCAACUCCUAUCGACUGGUUAAACGACGCUAUAAUCAAAAUUUCAGAUACUAGUUUUCAAAAUAUACUAGAAUGUACGGUUGAUGAUUCUAUGAAAAGCAAUUCUAUUCAUAAUACAUUUGGUAAUUUACUGACAUACGAACGCAGAGAUACCUACAAACAGCUGAAACUAGAGUUAAUUAGCUGCAUAUCCUCCUCUAUAGUCGAUGGCAGUCCAUCUAAAGAAAAGAAAAUUGUUUUGGGACAAUCAAUUCACUCUUGUAUUGAUAAAGAUCCAGAAUUUAUACUUAAAGCAGCUUUGUAUUGCCGUAGAGAGUUGAAUAUACGUACAACAACCAAUAUGUUAAUAGCUGUUGCUAGCUGUAAUGAGCGGUCUCGAUCUUUUAUUAAGAAGUACUUUUCUUCUUGUAUUCGCACACCGUCAGACUGGAUAGAGGUUGCCGAAUACUAUGCAAUGAUAAGUGGCAAUCCAAGUUUGAAAGGUAUGCCAAAAGUCUUACGGAAUAGUAUGACAUCAAAGUUCCUUGAAUUUGAUCAGUACCAACUUGCUAAACAUUCCAAACACAGAGCAAGAGCUAAUCGUUCAAAGAAAUCGAAGGCUCUGAAAAGAAGCCAAAAUGGUGUAGUAGUCAGUACGGAUAUCGAUGCCAUUAUAUAUAGAUUGGCACACUCACCUCGUAUAUAUUUUACAAUAAAGGAGCUUAUUCGUAGAUUGCAUAUAUCAAGGCCCAAGUUCAACGUUAUGUGCGUUCUGGGAAAACCUUACCCAUCGGAUAGUACUGAUUUUAUUCGUAUGGGACUGGAAGGAGAUUGGGAUUCAUCCAAAGCAGGUACACGUAUGAAGUUUCCUAUUCCUGUUACAUGGGAAACAGAAUUAUCAGUCAAUGGAAACAAUUCAGAUUCUUGGUCAAAACUUAUAACUUUAAACAAAGUCCCACAUAUGGCGAUGUUAAGAAAUCUGCGCAAUAUUCUGAUGUCCGGUAUUCAAGAUAGUAUUCAUGAGAUAGUCUUAAAGAGGCUUACAGAUCCUCGUAUUAUUAUAGAAGGGAAGCAGUUUCCGUUCCGUUAUUUCUCGGCUUUUGAUACUCUUGAAAAGUGUGAACGCAGAUUAACUUUUCAACAAUCUGUAUACCGUAUCGAACGUAAGUAAUGAUUAAUGUUUUUUUCAGAGUGCAAAUCUAGGUUAGUCAACCUUUUUUAAAUGAGUAUAUGAUUAU